ACACCCCGGGUUCAGGUGCCUCGAGUCGUCACUGGGCACGGCAAGCAGGAAAAGACGCAAGGAAGCGACCAUGUGGCUCGCCGUGGCGACGAUUGGCGUCGCCUUGCUGCUUUUCUACCUGAAAUACGUCUUCGCUUCUUCCGGAUCCAAUCCCUUUGAGGCGGACACGCGAGAACCGCCGAAGCCGAUGGUCCAUAACAGCAAAGAGAAGAAUAAAGUGUUGAAACAAGGCUUCUUGGCCAGUAAAGUUCCAGACAACCUGGAUGCCGUCAUCAUCGGCAGCGGGAUCGGCGGGCUGGGCUUGGCUGGGCUGCUGGCUAAAGUGGGCAAGAAAGUUCUGGUUCUGGAGCAGCACGACCGAGCCGGCGGAUGCUGCCACACGUUCACCGAGAAGGGUUUUGAAUUUGACGUCGGAAUCCACUACAUCGGCGAACUGCUGGACCACAAGCCGUUCCGCUGCAUUUUGGACCAGUUGACCAACGGGCAGCUGCAGUGGGAGCCACUGGAGAAUCCGUUUGACCACGUCGUGAUCGGGCCACCGGAAAACCGUCGCCACUAUCCCAUCUACAGCGGGCGGACGCGCUUCACCGAGGAGCUGAAGAAGUGCUUCCCGGGCGAGGACGUGGCCAUCGACGAGUAUAUGCGACUGGUCAAAAAAACGAGCCGCGGCAUCUGGUUCAUGGUCGUGCUCAAGCAGUGCCCGGCCUUCUUGGCUGAGCUGCUGGUACGCACCGGUGUGGUCAAAUAUCUCUCUGCGUUCUUCAAAAUGGCGCCCCACAGCUUGACCAAAGUCGUCAACGGGCUGACGGAGAACAAGGACCUCAGGGCCGUCUUUUCUUACAUCUUUGGCACCUACGGUGCCAUCCCAAAAGAAGCUAGCUUCGCCAUGCACAGCGUACUGGUCAAUCACUACCUGAACGGGGCCUGGUACCCGAAGGGCGGCGCCAGCGAGAUCGCCUACCACAUGAUCCCCAUCAUCGAGAAGGCAGGGGGCGCCGUUCUGGUGCGAGCGCCCGUAAACCGCAUCCUGUUCAACGACGCACGGGAAGCGUGUGGUGUAAGUGUCAUGAAGGGCCAGGAGGAGGUCCAUAUCCGUGCUCCCAUUGUCAUCUCCAACGCAGGUAUCUUCAACACCUACCAGAAGCUACUGCCCAAAGAACUCCAGGCCAUGCCAGCAAUCCAGAGGCAAUUGAGCAUGAUCAAGCACGGCUCAGGUGGCCUCAGCAUCUUUGUGGGACUCAACGGCACGAAGGAUGAGCUGGGCCUCAAAGCCGACAACUACUGGAUCUUUACCGAGAACAAUUUAGACGAAUUGGUGAUAGAGUACAGGGAGGGCGACAGAGAGGAGUCUUCUAAAAGAAUCCCCCUCCUGUUUGUCGCCUCCCCGUCCGCUAAGGAUCCCACCUGGGAGGAGAGGUCACCAGGCAAGUCCACGUUGAGUCUGGUCAGCUUUGCCAAUUACGACUGGUUCGAGGAGUGGAAGGACGACAAGGUGACCAAUCGAGCGUCUGACUACAAGGAGCUCAAGCAGGCGUUCAUCGAGACCGCCCUGCAGGUGGUGCUGGACGUCUUCCCUAAAAUCACUAGGGACAAGGUGGAAUACAUCGACGCCGGCACGCCCAUCACCAACACGCACUACAUCGGAACCCCCAAAGGCGAGAUCUACGGGGCAGACCACUCCAUUGAGCGCUUCACCCCGGAGCUCAACGCCAGCGUGAGGCCCCAGACGCCGUUGAAGAACCUCUACCUGACAGGCCAAGAUGUGUUCCUGUGCGGCUUUGCGGGCGCACUGGCCGGCGCGCUCACCUGUGGCUCAGUCAUACUCCAUCGCAACCUGCACCUGGAUGCCAUCGUGCUGGCCAAGAAGACCAAGUUUGUCAACAGCAAACUGAAAGCGGCCUAACCGGGAGGAGUAGGGGCAGCUGGCUCGACCAACGUGGCUUUUUAAUAAUCCAAAAGAGAACGUGGUACCAGUGAAUGAAUCAUUGGAUGAUACCUCAUUCUCAUGAUGUGAUGAAAUCUGUAACUAUUUGGUAACAAUAGUGAAGGUAACACAAAAAAAAUGGGUUCCACUGUAGUGAUGCACUCUACAGUGCUUUUAAUUAAUUACAUAUUUUUUAAAAAUACAUCAUAUUUUUCAUUAAAGCCUGCCACACACUGUGUGAUGCAGUCAAACCCAUCACAUGAAAGUAAGAGUUACCGACGCACCCCCCCACAUUGAGCGAUUGUAUUCCUAUUCCAAUCAUUUGAUCGUAGCCAGCGAGGCAUGUACAUACCUUGCGUACAUUCUGGUCACAAGCAUCGCUUUUUCAUCCACAGGCACCUUACGUGUUGCGAACACAGUUAAGUAUUGAUGUUAAACAUAAUAUUUGAUGCUUUAUAUGCUAUUUAUAUGGCUUGCGGCAGCGCGGCUCGCUUAGAAACAGGAAAUGUAUUUUCAGGGUGAGGGAAAGCUUAUGUGCGUUUUGAUUGGCUGUAAGCUGUGAAGUAGCGACGGUGUGCAUGCGAGAUUCAGAUUUUGAAUUUUUGACCAGUUGCAGACUGAUCGGCCAUUCAUGAAAACGUUUGCCAAAGAACGCACGCUUGCGCGACAGUUCAGUCGGGUUCGGCCUCGUUGCCCACUGUGCGGCAGCGUUAACAUACACAUAUACUGUAAAAUAUUAUGUAAUAAUUAGAAGAAAAAUAUGUAUUUGUAAUAAUAUAGAAAAUAAAGUUUAAAACAGCUAUGUACUGUAAUGAUAUGUGAGUAUUCUUUGGAUGUGAAAUAUCAUUUUUUUGUCUGCUUGUCUUAGUGUCCUCAGCUGUGCCCAAUGUUGGGUUGUAACAUGUUUACUAAGAGGGUUCAUAAUAAAAACACCAUUGUGUUCAAGGGAA